AUGUCACAUGCCCCCGACUCCCUCCCACUCCUGGGAAACGCCAUACAAUUCCUCAAGCCUCGUCAUGUACUCUUCGACUGGUUCGUGAAAUGCCAGCAGAUCUUUGGCCACGAGACCUUUGAGAUCUCUGUCCCGUCACUGCCUCCGGGAGUGGUCAUCAACAGCCCACAAGUCUUGGACUAUGUGCUCAAAAACGAGGCCGCCAUCACCAAGGGCGAGUUCUUUAGGAAGAGGUCUUGGGAUCUCUUCGGCUAUGGCAUCAUCAACGCAUCAGGCGAGCUAUGGCGUGCACAACGGAAAGCCGGGUUGAAGUUCUUCAGUGGCACAAACCUCGAUACCAUGAUCGAAGAGGUUCUCCCAGAGAUCUAUGAAGAGUCCACCCAGGACGUCCUCUCUCAGGCCGCUCAGGACCGAUCCGUGGUCGACCUGCAGAAGAUCUUUCACGAUCUCACAACCACCGUAGUGGGACACAUGGCCUACGACAUGGAAAUCGAAGCCUCCUCUCCGUUCAGCAAGGCCUUCGACCACGCCUCGUCCCAAAUUGGUCUGCGCUUUCAAAAUCCCCUCUACCGUCUCACCGAGUUUCUCACAGGCUCGUCCUUCCGUGCGGCACUCGUCGAAGUGAAACGCUUCGGCCGACAGAUCGUGUCCGAAGCGCGGAAGCGUCGUGCGCGAGAAGCGUUUGAGAGUCUCAUCACCAACACCCACCAGGAGGAGGCCCAGCUCAAGCGGCAGCGUCAAAAGUCCGACAACGAUGACGAGUCUGGACUGGGUUUUGGGACGCUGAUCGAUUCACUCAUCGAAUCAUUGGGAGACCCGAAACUCGUCGCCGACGCAGCCCUCAAUUUCCUCUCUGCCGGCCGAGACACCACGGCCCAGAGUUUCACCUGGACGUUCUACGCGUUGCUGAGACAUCCCGAGGCACUAAAGCGAGUCAGAGAAGAAAUUGACUCGAAAUUCGAGAUGAACCCCACUCCUACAGCAGAGCAGAAGCCAUUAGACGCUGCUGCUGAUGGUGCGAACGGGGACGAGGACGUUGAGAUCGACGUAUCAGCCCUCCAACCCACCUCCCUACCCUACACUACAGCAGUCUUCUACGAAUCCCUGCGCCUGUACCCGCCGGUGCCCUUUGAAAUAAAGCAGACCAUCCAGCCCGUCACUCUUCCCGACGGUACCGUCUUGCCCGACGGGGCUAUUGUCGUGUGGUGCAUCUGGGCACUGAACCGGUCCUUCUCCACGUUCGGCGAGGACGCGCACUCGUUCCGCCCUGAGCGCUGGCUAGAAGAAACCUCCAGACCAGGUGAUGGUGCAAGCUCAGAUGCCGACACUAACCCUGACAUGUCCACAACCCAACAACCGUCCCCGCUCCUCAAAUUCAUCGGCAGCAAGUUCUCGGCGGGCGAAUUCCCCGUCUUCAACGGCGGCCCGCGCAGCUGCCUGGGCAAGAAGAUGGCCGAGCUGAUGGGCACGUGGGUGCUGGUGCGCCUGCUCCGCGAGUGGGACUUUGAGGAGGUCAACGACGGCCUGCACAUGGAUGCGGCGUCCGGGGAGCGGCGCAGCGCCAAUUCCUUGACUCUUCCCAUGCAAGGGGGCCUGCCUGUGCGGGUUUUCACGAGGAGGAGGAGAGGGAGGAGAAGAGGAGGAGGAGGAGGCGGGGAGGAAGAAAAGAAAGAACGAGGGGAGGGACAUGAAUAG